AUGAAGAGAUGCGUCAACAACAAUUACUCCUUCAGCGGUUUCUGGCGACAAUGGCACGCGUCUCUCAACGCCUGGAUCAUCCGCUACAUGUACAUCCCACUGGGAGGGAGGAAAACGCAGGCAAGUCAGGGAGACAAGAGAAGGGCCAGCUUCUGGAACGUCUGGGUCAUCUUCACCUUCGUUGGCCUCUGGCAUGACCUGAUGUGGAGAUGGCUGGCCUGGGCCUGGCUCAACUGCACCUUCUUCUGCCUUGAGUUGGCUGUAACAGCACUGGGAGAGAGCAAGGCGUGCGAGGGUUGGAGGAGAAGCCGCUGGUGGCGCUACAUCCUCGCCCUCUGCGGCUCUAUGAACAUUUCCUUCCUUGUCAUCGCCAACCUGUCGAUCAUGCACGGGUUCCAGGGCUCAACUGAGUUCCUGCUGGCUAUCUUUGACAACCAAGGG